CCCCAAUGGAUGCAGACAGUGAUGUUGCAUUGGACAUUUUAAUUACAAAUGUAGUCUGUGUUUUUAGAACAAGAUGCCAUUUGAACUUAAGGAAGAUUGCUUUGGAGGGAGCCAAUGUAAUUUAUAAGCGUGAUGUUGGAAAAGUAUUAAUGAAGCUUAGAAAACCUAGAAUUACAGCUACAAUUUGGUCCUCAGGAAAAAUUAUUUGCACUGGAGCAACAAGUGAAGAAGAAGCUAAAUUUGGUGCCCGACGUUUAGCCCGUAGUCUGCAGAAACUAGGUUUCCAGGUAAUUUUUACAGAUUUUAAGGUUGUGAAUGUUUUGGCAGUUUGUAACAUGCCCUUUGAAAUCCGUUUGCCAGAAUUCACCAAGAACAAUAGACCUCAUGCCAGCUAUGAACCUGAACUUCAUCCUGCCGUGUGCUAUCGGAUAAAGUCUCUAAGAGCUACAUUACAGAUAUUUUCAACAGGAAGUAUCACAGUGACAGGGCCCAAUGUAAAGGCUGUGGCCACUGCUGUGGAACAGGUGUACCCAUUUGUGUUUGAAAGCAGGAAGGAAAUUUUAUAACUCAUUUGGUUGGUUAGUCUCUAACUGAGCACCUUGAAACCUGCUGCACAUUGGACUCAAAACACAAGGAAAACUGGACCAACAGUGACUGAGGAAUAGACUCCUGCU